AUUGAAAUGCCUGGCAGUCAACUUCAAAUGCCUAAUGGAGCAAAUAUCUUGACCAGAAAAUAUACUUGAAUUCAUUCAGGGGCUUAUCCAAGACCCAGUGGUACAGCACACAGAGCGUGGUGGAGGAAUCCUCGCAGGCAGCCCUCCCUCUGAAUAGGCAGGCACCCACUGCGUCAGUAACCUGAUUACCCUAGCUGUCAGUCUUAAUAAGGCCAGGCCUCAGAUCCCCACCACGGGACGGGACAAACUUGGUCCUCCGAUAGGGAGUCAGAGGACAGAUGAGGAACAGGACGGCAGCUCUUCUCCGAACACAGACAGACAAAGACAAAGUGUGCAGAAUUCAACAGGAAGCUCUGUACAGACUGAGACUGCUGGAUCCUCCAGUGUUUUACAGCCCUCUCUGCACUGACCAUUGGUACAAGAAGAGAGACUGCUGCCUGAGGCCUGGGUACAGGGAGGCUAGGAUCCUAACACUGCCACACAAGCAGCUCCACAGUAAUGUCAGCCUCCCUCCUGGACGCUGAUCCCAUCUAUGCCACGGUGGUCCACACUGCCAAGGCUGAGGACAGGGAGUCGACAGGGGCUGUGGCUGUCCCUCCAGUCAGGCUGAAGCCUCCGGGGGACCUAAAGUUGACCCGGAGCCUCUCCAAGUCGGACUCAGACCUGUUGGUGUCUCCCCUGGGUGAGGAGGAUGGGGGUCUGAACAGCUGCUGUGAGUCUGUGGCUAACUGCAGUUCUGGGAACAAACAGAUGGAGAGAUCGCCCUCCUUCGCCUCCGAGUGGGAUGAGAUUGAGAAGCUCAUGAACCUGAUUGGAGCAGGCAUCGAGUCAUCCAAUGACCAGCAGCGCACCACAGAUGGGGCCUGCAGCAAAGCCCUGGACCAGCCUGUGGGAGAGUGGCUGGAGCAUGUGGGGCUGCCGCAGUAUGAGAGCAAGCUGCUGCUUAAUGGCUUUGACGACCUACGCUACAUGGGCAGUAACGUGAUGGAGGACUUGGACCUUAGAGAUAUGGGAAUCACUGACCCUGGACACAGAAAGAAGAUCCUCCACGCAGCACGCAGCUUGCCCAAGGUGAAGGCCCUGGGCUGUGAUGGCAGCACCUCUCUCUCCACCUGGUUGGAUGUGCUAGGUCUGCAGGAGUACCUGCCUAACUUCCUGUCUAGCGGCUACCGUACCUUGGACUGUGUGAAGAACCUAUGGGAGUUGGAGAUUGUCAAUGUGUUGAAAAUCGGCGUUCUGGGCCACAGGAAGAGGAUCAUAGCGUCUCUGGCAGAGCGGCCCUAUGAGGAGGCCCCGACCAAAUCACAGAUCUCUCACCGUCUCUCACAGAUCAGGUUUCAGGACUUGUUGUCCCAGACAGGGACCUCUGCUCUGAGUCAGAUGGACCCGUCCACCAGUCGCUCCAUGGACAUGCUCCUGCCCCUGGGAGAGGCAGGCAGGAGGAGGAGAGCCAUGGACCAGGACUGCAGUGUGUCCCUGCGCUCCUACAGCGAGAGACCACGCUCUCAUGACAGACAGAGUGACAGACAUAGGGAACCCAGUUUGACCCUUCGGCCGCCUAGCCAGUCUGCCACAUACGCUACAGUGUCCGCUUGGCAUCACCAGCCUGAGAAACUCAUCUUAGAGUCCUGUGGGUAUGAGGCCAGUUAUUUAGGAUCAAUGAUUAUCAGGGAUCUACGGGGGAUUGAGUCAACUCAAGAAGCCUGUGCCAAAAUUAGGAAGUCGAAGGACCAUUCAAGAAAGGGUCCUGUUGUCAUCCUUUCCAUCACCUAUAAAGGGGUCAAGUUUAUCGACGCAGCCACUAAGACCAUAGUAGCCGAGCAUGAGAUCAGGAACAUCUCCUGUGCGGCCCAGGACCCUGAGGAACUCUGUACCUUCGCCUACAUCACCAAGGACAAUAAAAGUGGCCACCACUUCUGCCAUGUCUUCAGCACUGUGGAAGUGACCCAGACCUAUGAGAUCAUCCUGACGCUGGGUCAGGCCUUUGAGGUGGCCUAUCAGCUGGCUCUCCAGACCAAAGCCAGGCAGUAUGUCCCAGUCCCCCCACCAUCUCUGGGGUCAGAGGUCAUUGAGACCAAAUCCAGCCGGCCCACAUCACAGCAAUGGAGCAGCAUGAGGAGAUCAACAGGUGCCCCUCCACUAGAAUGCCGCUGCUGUUACUGUCACACGUGUACUACCCACCGCCCCUCCUUCCUCCCGUUGCACUCUGUUAGCCCUGGAGUCCAGCUCACUCCAGCGUUCAAGUUUCCGGACACCAAGCUAUGAGUUGAAGUGGAGCAGCCAAUGUGAGCGUCUGCGUGUGUGUAGACUAGAGCCAGAGAGACCAACAGGGAUACAUUCAGCGGGUCUAUGAGGGACUGUUUGAUAAGGUCUGCUGCCUUCUACCACAUCUCCUGAAUACCAAGUAACAGAGAAAUUAGAACCUUACACUAGCUGUCUGUCCACUGGGUGAGAAGGUCAGUCUGAAAGGUCAAAUAUCCUCCCUGGCCUCACACUGACUGUCUUUACCUCCACAUCUGACUUCCUGUAGGUACAAUAAUAUACAGAAUAUAGACAAUUAAUGAUGGGCCAUUAAUGACAAUUGUUAUUGAUUCAGGUAUAUUUGAGAUUAACAUGUUGUUACUACCAGGAUCAAGAAGAGAGAACAAGAGUACGUGAAUCAAAUUUAGAACUACCGUACCAGCAUAAUAAUGCUAUGCCCAUGUAUAGUUUGGGCAAAGUAUAGUUUGUCAAUGAUAAUGUUUAAAAAUGUAAAGCAAUAUAUACCUGAAAUUAAAUAGUACAAUGGAACAUCUCAUUCUUAAGGUAUUUGAUUGUGUCUUAGGGCAUCUUACUUGCAUGGGAGUUUGAAGGAGCUGUCAGACAAUAUAUUCUAUGAGAGCUAAUUGCAUCUCUUUGUCACUAAGACAAGCCCAGGGACUGGCAGAGGAGAUAGAUGUAUGCAUGCAGAAGUCAUACUCCCUCACUAGCAAAGACAUUUGGAACAAAACAUGUGAUGGAAAUAAACUGAUGCAUUUUUAAAAUACACUAUUUUUCAAUGGCUAACUGAUGUAGUAAGAGGAUGAAAUAUAUUAUUCAAUGGAGGGACUAUUUAAAAUUAGGAAGAAAAUGCAACUUACAAACUCUUUACCCUUGUAAAAACUGGAAGCUUCUACACAUGUAGCUUCUACAGGCUGCAGUAUCUGUAUUUAGUGUGAGAUCUUAAUAUGGUAUUGUAGGUUUAAAUCACUUACCAGUAAGUACAUAGUAUAGAAAGGGAUGAACACCAGCAGAUGCUAUGAUCCUCAAAGACUGACAUACCACAGCAUGGAGUGAAUUUCAGAACGGUUGAUGCACUAGGCCAGGGAUGGGCAACUUUGUUGGGGUGGGGGUCACAACAGAGGUAUCAUGCCCAUAGGGAGUACAGGGGCAUGUGCCCUUUAAGAUGUGUCUUGUUAAAAACAUUAUUUAAAAUAAUAAGUAUUUUUUUUCUGUAAUACUACUAGCCAAUUAGCAACUUCAUGAAGUUGGCUUUGGCUAGCCUAAUCUCCCAACCUCAUAACUAGUUACCAAAAAGCCAUUUAAGGCUAUUAAUCAAGGUAGAGCUGCUGGCUUGUCUAUCUUAGCUGGAAUGUCUGCUGGAAAAGUUGGUCGAUUUUAGAAAAGCAAGCAAUAACGAAGAGCUCUAUUCAAUCAGAUCCGCUUUAGCCAACAUCUGCAUAGCGGUUGUUUUGGCGGUGUUGGAACUGUCAUUAUACCUAAAGCGGUCAUUGCCAUUGGCUACACAGAGUCGCAUUAAGAGAAAUCCAGCAGCCAGCAAUCCCAUGCAGCCAUGUUUCCAAGUUCGAAAACUGGAAUGUGAGAUGUAAUCUACACCUUGAUUAGAUUUAUAUAAAUCCUAAUUUUCAAUUUGAGUGUCAUUUACGUCUAAUGCGAGUGGGGGCGGGUGAGCCUUUGUGACAAUGAUCACAAGCGCAGCUGUCUACGAUUUAAUGACUCCAACGCAAUUACAACUCCAAAGCGUCCGCUAUGGGGCGUCUGCUAUUGCCGGUUAAUGCUUGAUCUGAUUGAAUCUAGGCCUAAAUGUACUGACUAAGAUUUAUUUUCAAUCCUUUACCCAGAUUUGAGCAGAGAUGCAGGGAAGAAUAUAUAUAUUUUUUUAAAUGUAAGAACCACCUGUCAGCAGGAUACAGACAGCUCAAGAGGUAUGCUUAGCUAUGCAGAAAAAAUAUAUACAUAUAUUUUUUUGCAUAGAAUUAAGCAUAAUGUUUAUGGCUCUAGAUUGCAGGAAAAAGCUGUUUCAGGUGUCAACUUAGUCUUCACCUCCCAGCGAUCCCCACAUACUUUGUGCCCCCUUAGAUUUUGGGAGUGCAUGACUCCCCUGGGCUACAAGUUGCCCAUCCCUGCGUUAGGCUAAGACCUCCAAUGAUAAAGUGUGGUUAUAAUAUAAUAAUGUUUAACUCUGUAAUGAGAUGGCAUGCUGAAUUCCAUCAGGUUGGGUGGCACCUCAAUUAUUUGUUAAGGGCAGUAAUAGCCUAAUAAUUUAUCCUAGAAAUUAUUACAGAAUAUUAUUGACCAAGAUCAUAUGGCCUUAUACUCACACUUUUAUACUUCAGAAGUCCUUUAUAAGACAAGUGUAUGUACAGUGUAUAAUGGUUUAUGUAUACAGUACCCGUCAAAAGUUUGGACACACAUCCUCAUUCAAAGGUUUUUCUUUAUUUGUACUAUUUUCCACAUUGUAGAAUAAUAGUGAAGACAUCAAA